AUGGUCACAGCUUGUGACUUGCUCGCUUCCGGCGCCCACGACUCGAUUUCUUGCGUACGGCCGAAAUGUCCUUAUACCCUCGUCCGACGCUCCCUGAACUUCCCAUUGGCCGUAGUGAAUUCGAGAUUCUCAAAUCCUCGCAUCGAUUUCUACGCGAAGACCAAGACCAAACCCAAAGCCGCUUCGUGGGAUGACCAGCUUGCUGAAAAGUACUAUGAAAGUCUCUUCCGAGAGUUCGCAGUCUGCGACUUGAAGCACUACAAUUUUCUCUUCGCUGGCGGACCGAAUCAGAGGUUCUGUUGGGCGCUGAAUGAACACAAACAUAAACGUGGACGAUUAACGACCCUGGAGCUGCCCUUUUCGUAUGAGGAGCAGGGAGAAGCCAAAAGCGCGCUCGUCAAGACGGUCCUAUGUGAAAAGUGUCUAGGAAAGAUGAUGUGGAAACGUCGGAAAGAGAAGGAGACAUCGGGAACCGAGGAGAGAAGGCCUGUUGAAGAAGUCGACGACGAAUACGGGCCAAUGGCCCCGACGACCUCCACAACGCAUGGAAAUCGAAACCAGGAAGAACCAAAGCCCCAUAUUUCCCAUUCAAUGUCUCCCCCCUCAACACAAACCUCGUUCCCAUUCACAGUCACGCUCCCCAAGACGGCGGGACCAUAA